GUCAUGAGAACCAUCACCUCUGUCAGAUUCUCAGUGCUUGGUAUGUCAUUAUUACUGAGGCUAAUGGAUACUUCCUUGGCUACCAACAUCACUGGAUAUUUGGGAAGCAACAUUUCAGUCCCCUGCAGUUAUCCUGAAAGGUAUGAGAAUAACAGCAAGUAUUUUUGUUGGAUGAACGACUUCCUUGCUCAGAGAGAUUCUGUGGACUGUGUUUACACCACCCGACAAGACGCAUGGUCUGGACGAGGAAGAAUAGCUCUUCUGGACAACACCACGACUCAUGUUCUUACUGCAUUCAUCUAUAGUCUGAUCCUAGAAGAUGCUGGGAAGUACUGGUUUGGUGUAGAUGUCAGUCUGAGACCUGAUUUUAACUCAGAAUUCCAGUUAACAAUCACCAAUGGAAAUCCACAAAUACCAAACACUCAACGAAACCAGGAAGAGCACGGAGAGACUUAUUCAAGGUUCAUGAUGAUGGUGGCGUUGAUGUGUGUUUGCGCACUGUUUUGUGUGGGUUUGUUUGGCCUGUUUCAAGUGUUGAAACACUACAGCCACAAUAUUUCAGUUUCUGCUCCUAACCGCACCAGGGCAAUAUCAGACUUAAAACAGGAUGACCGCCAGAGAAUCAAACAUCCUGUCCUUCCAGACUCACCCACAGCUGACAUUGCUGAAGGUUCUGCUGCAGGGGAGUUUCACAGACCCAUUAGCACGGAUUACACAAACACAGAAGCAGCUGACAUGACAGUGCCUGAUAGAGAUUCCUAUUACAUAGAUGUCGUCCCAGCACAAACAGACAGUUCAAGUCUAGGGCAAAUUUACACAGAACUGGACGUCAAUAGACAGAGCCAUGUGUAUCAGUGUCUAACUGAUCAUUUAGUUCUCGAGUCCUUCUAUCACAGUAUUGAUGGUACGGACCAGAACUAAAUAAAUAAAUUCUAGUUUCCUCCUACAGCUACGGCACUCAAAAGGUGUUGAGUUUUUGUUUAAAUGAAUAUAUAUAUAUAUAUAUAUAUGCAAAUAUAUUCAUUGACAUUUACAGUAUGUGUAGACUAUUAUGUGUAGAUAAACUGUUGGUUUGUCUGUGUACAAGCUUAGUUUAGUGGAAAAAGUAAUGGUAUAGUCGCUAGUGCAAUAUAUGAAGUAUUUCUACAGCGUAAUUAAAAUAAAUAACAUGUUAAAACCAGUGAAACGUGACUAAACCAUAGUUAGAUAUUCAAAGUGUACCUACGAAAAAGAUGCAAAUAAUAGCCCAAGUCUACCUCAGAUAGAUUCAUGAAUUCAAUUGCAAGAUGCAGUGCUUUUGACUCUAGGCCAGUGAAAAGCUUAUUCAGUGAUCUAGAAAUAAAUCACACAAUACAUUUGAUUUCUAAAGCCACUUUUUGUAUGAUCUAAUCAGUGAUUUACUCGC